GGUCAGGUGAGACAGGUGAGGUCAGGUGGAACAGGUGAGACAGCUGUCUGGCAUUGUCUCUGCAGGGAGGAGGAGCCUCUGUUCAAAGCGAUCCGUGUUGGAGAUGUCAGCGGUGUGAAAAACAUGGUGAUGUGUCCUGGAACAAACCUGAUGCUGCCGAGUAAACCAGGCUGGCUCGCCAUUCAUCAGGCAGUGUGGUACGGCCAAGACGCCUGUCUGAGGGUCCUGCUGUCAGCUCAGCCAGGGACCAUCAACAAGCGAACUGAACAGGGUGAGUCAGCGCUGCUGCUCGCCGUCAGCAGACAGGAAGUAACAUGUGUUCAGGUGCUGCUGGAGAACGGAGCCGACACUGACAUCACAAACUAUGACAAAGAGACUCCCCUCUACAAAGCCUGUGAGCGGAACAGUGCGGUGAUGGUGGCGGCCUUGUUGAAUCACGGUGUUGCAGUGAACACUCGUUGUAUUCAGGGUUGUACUGCACUUCAGGAAGCUGUUGCUCAAAACAACGUGGAGAUCUGUGAAAUGUUGCUAAAGGCCGGAGCCAAACACAACCUCAGCAACAUGUACGGCAUCUCACCGCUGUUUACUGCGGCUCAGACGGGGCAGGUUGCCACCCUGCGCUUCCUCCUGAAACAUGGUGCAGAUAUCAACAGUCAGGCUGCUGAUGGAGCCACUGCUCUCUACGAAGCUGCUAAAAAUGUACAUGAGGAAAUUGUGAGGCUCCUCCUCUCACAAAAUGCAGAUGCCAACAAACCUGGGAAGACCGGAUUAUUACCACUUCACAUCGCUGCUCAGAGAGGAAGUGACACUAUCGUGUCCAUGUUGAUCCCAGCCACCAGUAAGGCCAGAGUCUGGCGGGCCGGCAUCAGCCCGCUCCAUGUGGCAGCUGAGCGCAACCGUGACGAUGUGCUGGAGGUUCUGAUUGAAGCAGGCUUUGAUGUUAAUGCUCAGUUGUCUGAGGAACGAUCAAAGCUGUACGAGGACCGCCGCAGUACGGCGCUCUACUUCUCUGUCAUAAACAACAACAUUGACGCAGUGAGAAUGCUGCUGGCAGCUGGUGCCAACCCAAACCUGGACAUGUUCAAGCCGCUGAUGGUGGCGGCGAGGCAGAGCUGCAUUCAGACCACAGUCCUGCUCGUGAAGCACGGAGCUGACGUCAACGCCUGCAUCCCCACUCACCCCACCACCUUCCCCGCUGUUUACAUGUUCUCCAUGAAGUACCUGCCCAUGUUCAAGUACCUGCUGGACCAGGGAGGCCACGCCCGCUCCUGCUUUGACUGUUGCUAUGGCAGCAAACCUCAUCCACCAAUCAAAACCACCCGAUCAGAGAGGGACAACCCCUAUUUCCUGGAAGAGACACAACUGAUGAGAGGCGUUCAGUUCUGUGAGAUGAUCUCAGCCCCCAGCAUCUGUCGGUGGGCGGGGCCAAUCAUUGACGUGCUACUGGACUACGUUGGUCAUGUGUCUCUCUGCUCCAGACUAAUGGAACACCUGGACAGUUACAGCGAGUGGAGCAUCAUCAAAGAAAAAGCAACUUCACCGCGGUCGCUGAUGCAGCUCUGCAGGCUGCAGAUCCUGCAGCUGGUUGUACGUCGACAUGUGAAGAAGUUACCGUUGCCUGGAGGUCUGAUCCGGUUCCUGCAACAUGGAGAAGGAUCCUUCGAAUGACUGAGGUGUUGCUCAUACUGACUGAACCCAGUUUACUCAGUUAACUAAGUUAAGCCCAGUUUACUCAGUUAACUAAGUUAAGCCCAGUUUACUCAGUUAACUAAGUUAAGCCCAGUUUACUCAGUUACAAGAUUAAGUUUGUUGUUUGUUAAAGGCUAAAAGAUCAAAAAUGAGAAAUAUAGAAAUUUAGUUGUUGUAGUUUAGCUGCAUCAGCUCAGCA